AUGACCUCAAGGCUUCAGUGGUUUUAGAAUCCAGUGUAGGCAGAUUUCAGAAGCUCAUUCACAGGAAGGAAUCACAGUUGCCAAUGAGUUAAGAUGGGCCGCUUUGAAUGUGUCAAGCACUUGAUGGUUGCCUUUAAUAUUCUGAUCUGUUUAAGUGGACUUCUCCUCCUGGCAGUUGCACUACUGCUGUUACUCCACCCCUCUGAACUUAGACACAUUGUGUCAAUCAAUACGGUGAUCUUCGCUGGAACAGUUUACGUUAUUAUUUUAUCUAUUGUGCUCCUCAUUCUUGGAAUACUGGGAAGCGUUGCAGCCUACCGGGAAAGCAGGGGUCUGUUGAUGCUUUUCUUCAUGCUAAUUCUGGUGGUCUUCAUGGUCGAGCUGGGUGCUGCCAUUAGUGCUUUACUCUUCAAGUAUCAAUUGACAAAGGACUAUUUUGAAGAUGAUCUGGUAAAUUACUAUACUGGAGACAAUCAGACCAAUAGUUACACAGCCAUUUCCAAUUCCAUCAUGAUCUCAUUUGAAUGCUGUGGCGUGAAUGGUCCGAAGGAUUUCUUAUACACCAUAGAGUUUGUCAUUCUGAACCCUUUCCGUGAGGUGCCAGAGGCUUGUUGCAAGAGGAACAAAUUUACAGCCGACAGAGCAAUCAUCAAUGCAGAAGAAUGCUUCUCUGGAACCGUUGACUUCAUCAACAAUAAGGGCUGCUUCGAUCAUAUUUCAGAGCAGGUGGAAUAUUAUCUUUAUGGGAUUGGAGCGGUGAAUGUUUGGAUCAUAAUAAUUGAGAUAUUUGUGAUGAUCUUUGCAAUGUGGCUAUACCAACGAGCUUAGGAGAGCUCUCCCUGGCCCAGUCUGACCAAGGCUGUGUUAAUGUUUAAUAUUGACAGAGGCAGACAGGCACCUAGUGCCAACAAUAGGAACUGCAUCACUUUGUGGAGCACUUCAAUGUAAUAGACACUUCAAACAUUUUAAUCAUCAGAGUAUGAGCUGAAAGUAUGACCUGUGACAGAAGACUGGACAGAGAAUUUGACUGGAGGUUGUGAACGCAGGUGGAACCAAUACAGUGGGGAAGAGGGGGAAGAUCAGUUUGAAUUCGUAAAUGAAUGAAUGUACAUACAAUAGGCUAUACAAAUGUACAAGAGAUAAACAAUAGAUCUUACCUCCUGAAUCAAUUUCUGAUAUUGUUGACUUUCUUUAACUGAUACAGCAAGUUUUUUGCUGUGUGGGGCAAUAUAAAUAAUUUAUAAUUUGAGCCAUUUAUAUCAAAUAAUAUUCUGGCUGAUGGUUGCUGAUGUUAGGGACCACGGCACAAGGUUUAGGAGUUUGCUGAGGUAAGGGCUGGUACUGUUGGAUAUGGGUGAGAAUGUGUGCUGUAGCUGGGUAAUGUAGGAUGCGUGUUGUAGGCUGGGCAAUAUAGGGUGGGUGUUGUAGGCUGGGUGAUAUAGGGUGAGUGAUACAGGAUGGGUGCCGUAGGGUGGGUGCUGGUGGGUGAUACAGGGUAGGUGCCGUGGGGUGGACGCUGUAGGGUGGUUGAUAUAGAGUUGGUGUCUUAAUGUGGGCAUUGUGGAGAGGUUGAUAUAGGGUAGGUGAUAUAGGAUGCAUAAUAUAGGGAGCAUGAUUUAGGGUGGACAAUGUAGGGUGAGCAAUAUAGAGUGGGUGAUAUAGGCUGGCUGCUAUAGGGUGGGCUAUAUAGGGCAGGUGAUAUAGGGUGGGCACUUUAGGGUUGGUGAUAUAGGAUGGGUAAUAUAGGGUGGCUGAUGUAGUUAGUGAUGUGGGUGCUGAUGUAGGGUAGAUGCUGUAGGUGGAUGUUGUAGGGUGGAUGAUGCGGGGUACUGCUGUAGGGUGAGUGAUAUAAAGUGAGUGAUAUAGGGUGGGUGUUGUCAGGUGGGUGCUGUAGGCUGGGUGAUAUAGGGUGGGUGUUGUAGGGUCAGUGCUAUAGGUUGGGUAAUGUGGGGAAGUGCUGUAGGUUAGGUGAUUAUAGCGUGGGUGAUAUAGGGUGUGCGCUGUUUGUUGACUGAGUAAGGCAUUACCAUCAGCUCAGUCACUAGAGGCUGAAUCAACCAAUCAGUUUCCAGUUCUGACACCUCUUGUCUUGU